ACAACUACAGUGCCAAAUCCAGAGUCUGCAGCCCGCAGCUCCCUGAUCCCAGAGUCAGAAGUGGAGUCAGCGGAGUCGCUUCCUCUCUCUGAUGAGCCCGCGGUUGCUGUCAUCUCAGAGCAGGCGUCAUCAGUAACACCCACAGAGAUUUCCCCCGACCAGACCCCCGCAGAGACCAACCCAGAUCCAGUAGUGCAUUCAGUGGCAGCAGAGACAGAGGUCACCUCAACCUCUGAGGCAAUAGCUGCACCUGUUGAAAGUGAGGACGCAAAACUAGCAGCAAAGGAGGUCUCCACUGCCGAGCCCACGGCAAGUUUAGAACCGGAGACGGUGGAGGCUGCUCCUUUAGAGGCUUCUCCGGUGGAGGAUGCUCCAGUGGAAGGUACUGCAGUGGAGGCAGCUCCAGUACAGGUUGCUGAAGUAGAAGCUGCUCCAGAAGUGGUUUCUCCAGUAGAAGCUGUUCCUGUAGAGGCUGUUCCUGUAGAAGCUGCUCCAGAAGAAGGUGUUCCAGUAGAGGCUGUUCCAGAAGAAGCUGCUCCAGAAGAAGCUGCUCCACUAGAAGCUGUUCCAGUAGAAGCUGUUCCAGUAGAGGCUGUUCCAGUAGAGGCUGUUCCAGAAGAAGCUGUUCCGGUAGAGGCUGUUCCAGUAGAGGCUGUUCCUGUAGAUGCUGUUCCUGUAGAGGCUGUUCCAGAAGAAGCUGUUCCGGUAGAGGCUAUUCCGGUAGAGGCUAUUCCGGUAGAGGCUGUUCCGGUAGAGGCUAUUCCGCUAGAGGCUGUUCCGGUAGAGGCUGUUCCAGUAGAAGCUGCUCCAGUAGAAGCUGUCGCAGCUGAAUAUGUCCCUUCUUCUGAAGAACCACCCGCUCUAAUUCCCUUAGAUUACCCAGCAGUGCCAGUUCUCGAAUCAGCUGAGCACGAACUCGCUGCUGAACCAGAGUUGGCCAACGCAACAGAAGCUGCUGCUGUAGAGGAGACACUCACACCAACACCUCCUCAGCAUGAAGCAGACAACAGCAAAGGGGGCUCCAGCUUCAAGCCAGACCCUUCUCUAUUGGACUUUGGCCAGUCCAGCCCGGAGGAUGACGACCUGUACUCAACACGCACCUGAGAGACAGCCGGAGAAAGCUCGAUAUCACACACUGCCAUCUCAUUCUGAUUAACAGACUCUGCGUCAUUAUGCAUUAUGUAAAUAGGCCAUUUUGCAAGCAAGCAGAGUUAGGAAGUGGUUAUCGUUUCCUUCCUUAUUUCUCUGGGCUAUAUAAAUACAUACUUUAUUAUUGUCACCCAAAAUAAUGUAUAUUUCCACAGAAAAGUCAGAGUACUUGUGGUUUACAGCAGCAAAGCAGCAAUUCCUAGUGUACACGGAACUGAGUCCGUUUGCAUAGAAGGAGAGAAGCAUGGAAAAAAUACACCCACGUUAAGUCUAUUCCUCCACAGAUGGCAGAUUGUGUGUUCUCUCAGUAUGUGUCAUUUAACAAUUAUUGGCUUUUGUGCGACAGCUUUUACAAUCAUGAGUGUCACGGUGUUUUAUUUAUUGUAAUUUAGCCCACUGCAUUGGUAUGCCGGAAACACUGCACAUGUUCUGGUGAUGAUUACAGAGGGACGUUUGCUGUUCAUUUUGUUCCAUCAAAAAAUGUCUUCAGUUGUUAAAAACCAAAAAUAAAUCUAUAUUUUCAUGA